UCUCAAGUUAACCAGAGUAUAUUCAUUCUCAUGACCCUCUCCACCUCCUCUUGCACAUGACGUUUUUGUGACGCUAAAUACCUUCCCCUCUAUAUAAACUGUCCUUCUACGUCCCUUCAUACAUUCUCACAUAUUUACAACUUUAGAAACCAAAAAUGGCCGACACUUCCAAGCUUUUUCUUCUCACGGCUCUUCUAGCUCUGACUAUGCCAUUCAUGGCUAGUAGCUUUCGGCCUUUGAAUAACCGAAUUGGCUCUAAAUCGAAUCUUGCAGCCAGGUUGAAAUUGGUUGGAAAAUCGUCAAAUUGCUGGGACUCAUUGAUACAGUUGCAGGCAUGUAGUAGUCAGGUAGUUCUGUUCUUUCUCAAUGGUGAGACUUACUUGGGACAUGGUUGCUGCAUAGCCAUUCGGACCAUUGAGCACCAGUGUUGGCCUGCCUUGCUUGGCUCCCUAGGGUUUUCCGCAGAAGAGGUUGACAUUCUCAAAGGUUUUUGCGAUCAGGCCAUUCAACUCGAAAUCUCACCGCCGCCACGACCACCAUCCAUUGAUGAGGCUACUGGAAAAGUUGUUCCUGAUAUGAAGAAGUUUAUUCCUUGAAGAUCACCAAUCAUCAAGAAAUGCUACAUUGGGUCAAUUGUAACUUUACUCGAUCGUGACGGUGUUUGGUUCAUGUAGUUAGUAUAAGUCAGUCAGUGUUCUAUGUGUCUCAAAUGCUCCCGUAUUUAGGGUGUGUUUGGUUCAUCUAUUGGGACUUAUCCUUUGGCCAUAAACAUUAUGUAUCUUCCCUUGUAUCACAAAAGGAAGAAGAAAAGAAACAAACUGAGCAUUGACACAUUAUCGCUUUGAUUCGGAUGAGGAAGGAAUAAAAGGAGUUUGGAAAUUUGAAAACUACAAACAAAGAAGGGAAAGGGAUCGAGAGGAGCCUUGGGACUGAAUCCUAAUCUUUCACAACCAAUCCUAAUUUUCUUGGACUCUAGUCUUAUGGCAAUAACAUUGGAACCUAGCCAAAUGCCGUGUAAUCCAGUUCCACUAGUAGGAAUGCCCAUGUCUUACACUUAGGUCACAGUGUUUUCCUAGAUUUCCGAGGACACGUCUAAAGAUCCCUCAGGCUUCAGCCUGGUACAGCUGCAUUUCAUCAUAACUUUAAGAGAAAGCUUUCUUUCAGAAAUAAUAAUCGACCAUAUGAGAAGU